GAUACUUCACCAAUUAAUAACUUCUCCCUCUUUAUAAUCCACAAUGUAGCCAUAAACUUCACCUUCACGCUCGCAUCCUUGAAUUUAUUGCGAUACUGCACUCUCAACUCCGCCUGUGGGUUUACAACUUCACUACAUGUGUACAUCCAACAUAUACGCUACCAUCCAUAAAUAUUCAAACACGUGUUGCAAUCUCAUCGAAAGAUUUAUAUUUUCGUAUAUUGUCGUAGUUGUAAUAAAAGGGCGUCUCUUUGCUCUUAAUUUUUUCAAUGCUUCGCUUCGCUUUUCUCAACGAUCUAAUAUCCUAAAUUGGAAUCUUCCACAACUCGUUAAAUAAGAUUUACGUACAUUAAGCUCGUGUAAACUUAAAUUUGCCAUGAUAUUCUGCUUGAAUCGCAGCGACCGAGUCUAAACUCAUUAAACCUACAAAAUUGAAUAAACGUGAACGUGGAGAUCUGUGCUUGUACGAAGAAGCGAAUUAACGUCAGAGACGAGGUUUAAAUUCGUCAGAACGACGAAACGGAGAAUUCCUAGCGGAUCGACGAGCAGAUCUACGCCGAUCGAAAUAGCCGGAUAAUACUCUGCCAAGUUAAACGUAAAAUUCGCAACGUACGGCGGAGCCUCGAUUAUUCAACGUGACGCGAACCGGUCCUACUUCGCAUAAUCAUAAUCGAAAACUCGAAUAAUACGGCAAGGUUUAUUGCGGUUAAUAAGUCGCGCGAUAAGAUCGCAGAAAACAUUCUCAUAACGUAACACACCGUACGCGUAUUUAAGUAUACUCGACGUUCUAACCGAUUCAAAGCGCGAUUAACUGCCUUAACGAAUACCAUUUACGCUUCCGUACUUUUUCUGUCGAACUCUCAAAAAAAGAAAAAGAAAAAAAAUUAAAAAAGACUAAGUUAUGGUAAAGUUCGAUGACACUGCACAAGACCAGAUUGAAUAUUCAAACAGUUCUGCAAAAAUCGAAGUGUUCUCCGCGAGUGUUCUGCGACUCGAAAGAACGAGUUAACAAUGCCGGCUUCUUUCGUCCCCACUCUCCCUACCUGUUCCACCCUAUUUUUUGCCCCCGGACUGUACGUCGUCUAUCUCGAUUUGUCUCGUAAAGUCGUCGAAUCGAAGCAACUGUCGCGCGAACACACGCAUUCGCCAUUAUUCAGUAAGUUUUCGAACGGGGGGCGUCGUAAAUAACACCUCUAUCGGUCCUCUAUACUCUUGCCUGUUAAACGUCACAUCGGGAUGAAGUUUCUGCCGCCGUCUGUCGCCCCCUUCUCAUAGAUAUCCAUUGUGCUCGUCAUAAUGAAUUCUUUUUGCGUGCGGUGGCUCGAGCUGUUGCCAACGACUUCUCGGUACGUCCCCGCCCCAUUCGAAUCUUCCUCGGUCCCCGUCAUCGUCAUUAUUAUUAUUAUCAUUAACUAUAAAAGCAGAAGGAAAAGAAGGGCGCUGGUAGCGAGCGUAGAGGGCGGCGUUGGAAGAGGGAAGCCGCGGUAUUUCGGUCUGCUUGCAUUCGCAACGCGAGAAUUAUCGAUCGCCGCCGAGCAUUGCAUCAUAAAUUACUGUUUUUAUCCGCGGGCCCCGAUUUCGUGGGGCCUCUACCACACACGCACACACACACACACACACACACCUGGCCCCCUUCUUCUUCGCCAACGUCUUGCUUCAUCUCGCUUUCGCUCUCGCGCGUCGAAGAUUUAUCUAGAAUAUUAAAAGUCGCUUCCUGCCUUGCAACUUCGUCCCGUCCCGCCAUUUUCUUCCGCUCGGCCGUUGCUGCCGGUGUACUUUGUCACGUACCAAGUUUCGACAGUUUUAUUAUUGACGAAGAUCGCAAUUUAUUCGCUUUCCAAGUUGAACAUCUUCGUGCUUGUGCGUUGCAUCGGGCCUCUUCUCUGUGUGGUGUUGUCUCGUUUCUCGACGAUCCAGAGGUUCGUAACAGUGGACCGUGGAGGAAAAACGACUCGAAGAUUUAACCAGUUAGCUGUCGCGACCUCGUUGAAAAGCGUGUACCUAAAAUGUGUGGCAAAAAGUAAGCGACGACAGAGAGUAUACUCGUCAAACGCAGAGUAUUGCGUGGCUGUUAAAACAUGGAAUUAAGUUGUAACGAAACGACCGUUGUAUGUUUUAAUUUUAUUAGCGACGGCGCUCGUUGUAACGCUAAAUAUUGUCAUUUGUUCGUGACGAGUAUACUCGUCGAAAGCAGCUAACUGGUUAAACAAGGGACAAAAUAUAGAAUUCGUAAAGCGGAGAGAUAGUGAGAAAUAACGAGCUAUUGUUGAGUCGUUUGGAAAUCGACAUGUUCGUCGUAAAAUUGAUAUUAUUAUCCGGUUGAUUAUCGUAGAAUGUGUUUAUCCUUUCCUCUUCGGUAAUAUCUUGCCAUUCGUCGAAUAGCUUCGUUUUCACGAACAUCUUGUCUUCUUCGUGAUACUUUGGUAUAGUUCUUACGUGCUAAAUUUCACUUAAAAUUGGACGUUUCGAAGUUCACGAGGCACAAUAUCUUUAGCGAACACAUGAAAAUUCUAUUUAUGAUGAUGUGACUAAUAGCGACGCGUUGAUGCAUCGAAUAUUUCGAUUGUAAAUCUUCCUAAGAUUAAAUAUACGCGAAUCGUCCAAUGUUUUCGACGAUUGACACUUUAUAUGAUAAAAUGUAACACUUAAUGGCGUUGGUGCGAUCAAUUUAAGCUCGCGAGGAACGAACCACCGACCGUACGUGUUUCUUAAUUUAUGAACCGUUUUAUGCUCAAUAUACAAUGUACAUUUUAUUUCGUAUCGCACGAUUCUAUUCAAUAUGCAAAUAUUUAACACGCCGAUCGCUGUUAACAUAAAGGGCAUCCGUCCAAAAAAUUCCGUCUCUUUCUCGCUUGUUAAUUUAAUACGCGACUUAUCCAGCCCGUUAAAAGUCACUCUUCGCUUCAAUGACAUAAUCUGAUCUUAUCUGCAAUUCCGAUUCGUACAUGCAUCGGUAUUAACAUUUUUAAAUCCGCGCAUCGAUAAACGUAUCUCUUUGAACAUUAGCGAUGCAUGCUUCUUAAACGAAAAACUUCCUCCCCUUCCUUCUCCUCCUCCUCUUGCUCCUUGUCCCUCCUGUUUAUCAGACCCGCAAGAUUUAUCCGGAGUAUUCGAAAACCGUGGACUUCUGGUCUUGCAACUCUUUACUAUAAUUGCAUUAACGCGAAGAAUUCUUCAUCCUUUCUUCCGGUGAAGGGUUCAAACGUCGAAUACCAAGAAUGCAUCGUAAAUAUUCAGAACGUUCAGAGCUGGGAAGAUUAUUCGUGUGUCAGAGAUUUAUCCGCGGUAUUAAAUGCCGUUCCUUCGGCUUGCUACCAUGUGCAACGGUGCAACGUUAUUUUAAGAUCUUAAGAUAUCGACAUACAUCUUUAUCGGUGCUGCAACAUUUUCAUCCGAAACUCGAUGCAAAUUCAAUCUUCGGCGCUAAAUAUCCAUUGUUCCGUUAUUACUUCGUUAUACAGAGUGUCUCUGCUAUUGUGAUACAAUAGCGCGCGGGAUGGUUCUCCGUGGAAAAAUAAGUGGAAAACGUAGAAUAAGGAUUUUCUUUUUACACGUACGAAAUUAUUAUUUGAUUGAUUUUAUAGCUUAUCAUUUAGCACGAAUCUUUUAUCUUUAGGAGUAUAGUCUAGAAAAGUGGAUAUUCGAUUGAAUAUUUUGUAUAUUUUUAGACAUUGUGUGCAUUUUUCUAUGUUCCUCGUAAACGUAGAUUAUUCGUCACAUUGGUCGUUUUCCUUGCAUUCGAUUUUUAUUUCUCGUUUCAUCCGUGAUCGAUGUUCACGAACAAGAUGUACCGAUCGUUAAACGCAAAACUUUGUUCUAUAUUUUUAUCGAUUUUUCCCAUGAAAAGUUACUAUUCCGCUUGUACCACCUGAUCACAGAGACACCUUCUAUAUAGAAAUGUUGCACGUUGCUCGUUGGACAGAAAGAGUUAAGGCUGAUUAAAAGAUAAAUUUAAAAGUAAUACCGGUGGAUGGAUAAUUUACAACGAUCGGUUUGAUAUCGGUGUACCAAUGUUUGGCCAAACAUUUUGAAACAUCAACUUGUAAGACCGGUUAUUUUGAGUAAAUCGGUAGCUGUCGUUACUUUCUGUAACGAUUUAGCUACAAGCUACUUUGGACGUGUUUCUUAUGAUAAUUUAUACGAAUCGUGUUUGCCGAGCAUUCGUUUUCAAUUAAUUUCCUUUCAAUUUUGCCUACAAAGUCCAACAGUUUUACCGUGCUCGUCGUUGUUCUACAAUACCCAUCUUCGAAGUAACACUUGAUGACGAUUUAAAAACGCUGAUGAAAAAUGUAUGAAAUAUUUAAACAGUACACAAGAUAUCUACAUCUUGUAAUAUAUAAUACUUAAAAUUACUAUUCAAGUUCUACUUCUUCAAGGUACGUUCGUAAAAAUAUCCAUAAUCUGCUUAUGUGUAUGCAAUAUUACAAAAUACGAGUUACACGCGUCACGAAAUAGCAAGACUAUGCCUGCAAGGAUUAAAGGGUAGUCAGGUCGGGUGGUACAAGAUAGCGUAUAUUGCUUUCGGCAAUUCGUAGGACAUUUUCCCCUUUGGAGCAGCAACCUUUUCCACAAAAUGGUCCCCGGUUAAUGACCACGAUCGCCUUUGGGGCGCUCGCGAUCACCGCUCGAUUUCGCGUUUCGCCGUGCAACGCGCCAUUAUCAUCGCGUAUCAUCUCUCGCCGUGGCGAGAGUUCGGUCCACGCGAGAAUUAUCGACGCUCGUUGAUGCGCUCCUCUGCAGUAAAUAACAGUUUUUAUGCGGUUUUUAUCCCCUACCGUUUCCCCCCGCGGUCGGAGAUUUAUUUGAAAAAUUUCUGUUCGUAAAAUAAAAGCCGAGGCAAGUGAAACAAAAACGGCAGGAUGGGAAGAAAGAGGUUCAAACCGUCUUUCGUUUUACCCGCUGGCUGGUUAGCUACUCUGCGAGAUGGCCGUGGAUCGCGUUAUGCAAAAGUCAGGUCGUUUCGCGUAAGCUUAGUCCUCCUCUUUUUUGCCAAUUUCCCACGAGAUUGCGGAAGAAUAUCGUGCGUUCGAUCGAGUCCCUUGGAAGGUACAGUUUCCAGAACAGAAUAAACCGUUUUCCUAGCGAGGUUGAAAAGAAGAGGAUAAAGUGACAAGAAAGUUAAAGCUCUUGGCGCGAUCGCUCAACGUUUUGCCGUACCAAACGUUCUACGUGGCAAUGAUUUUUAUAUGCGAAUAAAUCGUACGAUAACGUAAAUAUCCUCCUUACCGAUUCUAAAAUUCCAAAAUUCUAUCUAUUUAUAUCACAUUAUAUCGAUAAAAGGAAUAUGUUAAAGAAAGACGAAAGAGCAUCGAGCGAACCAAUAACGAAUACGAUAUACAUAAAUUCGAUGAAAAAUAACGAAUCAACGAAUAACAAAGGAAAUUUCAUUGGUUGCUGAUUAUUCGAAUAAACUUUUAUCCAGCGCAGAGGCACGCAUAACUGCGGUACUUUGGCCGUAGGUACCCCCUUGCAGCCGGCUACGUGGCGGAAUGCGUUGGUGAAUACGCUGGGUGGGUGAUUUUUGCAGGGCCGUAUCGGAUCCUUCUCCCCUAUCUUGCCAGCUGAAAUAUUCGCCGACGAUCGCAGGACUCUCGACCGACUCACCAUGGUUAAUAUAUUUCUUGCACGACGAACGCCGUCCACGACGAUCGAUGAAAUUUAUUCACCGGCAAGCGCAAGAAAUAUAACUCAAUUUCUAAUUGCUUGCGCGGUCCGAACCAGGGAGGGUUCGGUGACCGUCGCGAUUAAUAUAUUCCGCUUCUUGACCGCAUGAAGGGCUUUCUUGUCCCGAUCACGUGGUCCUCCGGAGUACCAAAGGGUUUUCGUUCGUGUAUAGAAAGCUUAUUCGUCGGUGGAUGUUGAUUCGGGCUUGAUAAGUAUCAAUGGAACGUAUUACGUGGGAUAUAUUGGGCUGUAACGUACGAUGGCUGCAAAAAGUAUUUGCACGUAGCCUUGGUUUUCGAUGAAGCGCGUUUUUAUCACAUUUAAUAUGCACAUCUCAUUUUUACGCUAUCAAACGCUCGUAAUCGUAUGAAAUAUUAAACUGUAGGAAAUUUCAUAUACCUGAAUUUCGUUGAUUGGUAUGCAAUUGCUGUAGCAAACACGACGACGUGGAAAUGCCUUUUGUAGCUACUUCUUGCAGCUAUUUAUUCGUAUAUUCCAUCAGUUUCCUUCGUUCGCAAGUAACAGCGAAACAGCACGAUUUUACGUUACAUUUCUAUGUUUUUGACGCGUAUAAAGCGUCUCUCGCAAGCUUCCAUCUAACGAGCCUCGAUCAGACACGUUAAAUCUUCGUGCUAUUGUCGAUUGUCGAUUAGGUCGAGGAAGGAGGAGUUCGCGAUUACGUGUAAUCGAAACUUCGUUCUAUUCGCCGUUGUGGCUAAUCUGAAUUUUCGUAAUUUUUGUAUAGGUGCGCGCAAAGUCGAAGAAAGGAUCGUCAACGUUUGAAAAUUGUUGGAAAUAUCUUGGAAUUCAAGAAACAUGUUACGCAGCUAGGGUCCGCGGGUUUGCCAAGCCCGUGUAGUUUACCAGGACAGAAGCAGUUGGACUCGCGCAACCAACAGACGCGGGCCACUGCAUUGACAGCCGCGGGGCCUCUCGUUUUCGUGGGCCGGCGGCAAUCUGGCUGCUGUCUGAAACACUGAACGUGGCCGUAAUUGGAAUGUCCACAUGAAGCUGCUAAAGUUUUUGCUUCGUUAUUUUCCGCCAGGUCUCGCCUUGGAGUACACACAGGGUGGAGAUGUCAAGACAAAAAUGAUCGAUCUUCUGGAUCUGUCUGCCGAAACGAACAUAAGAGCAUUAGCGGAGAGUAUAAAAGCGACCGAGCCAGUAAUAACCGAAAGUGUAAUGGAGCAGUUAGUGGAGACCCUGCAGAAGCUGCAAGCCAAAGUUUGCGAAACAAACGCCAAGCGCUACUACAAAUACAAAACCUUGCAGACCCAUCUUCUACCCCUUACGAAUAUAGCGUUCGAUAAACUAGGUAAAAGAUGCCUGACAGGCAGCUAUGACCGAACGUGUAAAGUUUGGGACAUUGACAGUGGAGCGGAGCUUCUUACUCUCGAAGGCCAUAAGAAUGUGGUCUACACCGUGUCCUUCAACAAUCCAAUUUCAGACAAAAUCGUAACCGGUUCCUUUGACAAGACAGCUAGGAUUUGGUGCUCUCGAACAGGCCACUGUUUCCUAACUAUGUGGGGACAUAACGCUGGAAUAGCUGUCGCAAAAUUCUCACCCAGUUACAACAAAAUUGGGACGGCUUCCCUAGACACGACGUCAAAGAUAUUUGAGUUAACAACAGGCGAGGAAUUAGGAACGUUGAGAGGUCACACGGCAGAAAUAAUCGCUUUACAUUUCAACAACGAUGGAACUCAAAUGAUAACAGGUUCUUUCGACGGUACUGUUAAUAUUUGGGACACGAGAACUUUCAGUCGCACAAGCGUUUUAAUCGGUCAUCGAUCGGAAUUGUCAAACUGCGUCUAUAACUUCGACUGUUCGUUGAUCGCCUCGUCGUCCAUGGACAAAACGGCCAAAGUUUGGGACACGAGGAUGAAUUCCUGCCUGGCCACUCUGCGAGGACACGACGACGAGGUCUUGGACUUGACCUUCGACAACAACGGGAAAAAGUUGGCGACCGCGAGCAGCGACACCACUGCUCGAGUUUGGGAUGUGAGCACCAAUUUUCAGCAGUUAGCCUCGAUGAGAGGCCACCGAGAAGAAGUCUCGAAAGUCUGCUUCAGUCCAAAUAAUCAGCAUCUGCUGACGUCAUCGUUGGAUGAGACGUCGAAAUUAUGGUCUUUGGAGAGCGGAUGCUGUAUACAAACGCUAGAUGGUCACACAGACGAUGUCUUCAGUUGCGCCUUUUCGUAUAACGGCGAUACCAUUAUCACGGCAAGCAAAGAUAACACUUGCAUGAUUUGGAGAUGACUCGAUUGGUUCCAGGUGUGUCCUUAGCUUAUAAUUGUUAUACUGUUCAUCGUUUAUGUUGUAUACUUUUAUGCAAUUUAAACGUUAUUUACUUUGAUUUUGUAAACCAGACUUGAAUAUUUUUAAACCUGUUUAUCCUUUUUAAACGUGCUUUUGUCUAAGGCGACCGUAUUUUCGAAUAAAGUUACUAAAUUAUAGAUGUUUAUUGGAGUUUUCUGGAAAGUUCAUUAUGAUUCAAAUAUUUAUGAUUUGAGAAUUGCAAGUUUUAUAGAAUAAAUUAUAUGGAUGGAAUCGUAACUUCCACAAAUAUCUUUUAAUUUUUAUACAUUUUGGCGUUGAAGCAAAAAUAGUCGAGAAUACUAAGCAUAAAAUUUUAAGUGAAUGUUCUUUGUUGCAAAUUGUUACGAGAAUCAUUCAGUAGACAUAAAGAAGAUCAUUCAGUAAUUUAUAUUAUAAAAUUAAUGUAUUUUAGUUUUAAAAUAAAAUUUUCCGACUUACGAGAUUUUCAAUUAUAUAAACUAACUGAAGUAAGAAAUCUCUAAAUUCAAUUAGUAAAAGGUUAAUGGCAGGUAUUCUGUACGAAAAUGUAUUCGAUGGUUCAAGAAAAUUAUCUUCCUCUCUCUCGGACCACGAUAACUUUCAUAUGAAAACUACCAAGUUUCGAUCAAUUUCAGAAAACAAUCAUGAUUAAUUCGCUUGGUAACUUUACUGGGACGGCGCAUAAACACGUUCGCGUGAAUAAUUGAGCGGCAUGAAACGUACUAUAUGUAAGGAAAGCUUAAACGAUCAAUUUAGUGAUCGUACUGACUCAGGUACAUCAUCGUUCAACGUAUGAUCUAAUCUUUUCACUUAUUAGCACAAUUACAUAAGUACUAUCAAUCGGUACCGAUUAAUUUUACAUAUUUCUGUUUGAGCUAAUUAAUAUUUCACUGUUUCUGACCUAACAAGAAAUAAAUGUUUCAACUAAAAAAUGUUAAAUAUAUAAAUACGUAUCUAAAUUAAAACAUAGAAAUACGCACGCAAGAUGUUCUAUCUGUGUAAUGCGAUAGCUUGAAAUACCUUACUCAUUGUUGAGAAUAGAAAAAAAUGUUUAAAAAGAAAUGUUCAAAACAAACCUUGUUGAUAACCUCUACGAGAUAUUAAUAUAAUCAAUAAACAAAGUAUAAUAUUUAAGAUUCUUCGCCAGUACUCUUUUAAGUGGAAUCAAAUGUAAAUUGAAUGUCAAGAGAUUAGUAAGAGAACAUUUGUUUAAAAGGAAAGAAAAAAUUAAUCAAUAUGAUUAAUUUAUCAACAUUACGUAUUUUAAGAUCAAGUGACCAUAAUGUCUAAGUUAAAUAGCAUGCUCUGUAUAUUCGUAAUUUGAACUCAAUUACUGAGUUAACAGUACUUGCGAUAUACUAAAACUAGAAUACUAGCAAUGAUAAUGAUUACAUCUAUACAAUAUUCUACACAUUCUACGCAUUCUACGGAUAUAAACGUAUUUUGCCAGCACGAAAUGAAUGUUAUUCUUAAAGGCAGAUAACGUAAGAAACCAUAAUAUUGGAUAUUUUUUGCAUAGCAUAAUAUUGUUCUCCUCCGGUAGGAUACAAACACGAUAAUAAUUGUAAAUAAAAUAUCAAAGAGAAGAUAAUCGGUGGGAAUGCAAUAUCUCUGCGAAUGAAUUGUUUGCAAAUGUACCAAUUAUUCGAAAUGUAUUAAACGAAACGUAAUAUGAUGUUACGAGGAUGGUAUUUGUUGGCAACGUCCUUCAAAAUGGAACCAGCGGCGCUUUAUAAUGAAACGCGUACGAAUACUUGGCGGGACGUUUAAUUAAAAGUCGCCUCUUAAAGGCUGCAAUUACACCUCUGCUGUAUCGCACGGUAAUUAAAACAAUAUCACGUUCGAAAAAUUACGUAACUUUACACUCAGCAUUAUUAGCGCAAUUAAGUUCCGGCUAGGAGACAGUUUUGAUCUUUUGCAAAUUGCUGUUUCACGAUGUGUAUUUCAAAAAUCUGUAAUCAUAUUCUUCGUUUGUAAACGGGCGACAUUUUAUUGUACAUAUAGUAGGCUAACAGUUGUUCUUAUUUCGCCUAUCAUUUCUUGGGUAUUGUUAUUGUUACAUCAAUAUUACCGUCAAUAUGAUAGUUCUCGAUCAUAAAUCAUUGUGCACGUCUGUGAACCAAAAUCGAUAAUUUACGAAGCCAUUUAUAAUGUAGCAGAACAGAGAUUGCAAUUAAGCGCUUUUCGGUUAUCUUUUUCAUUUAUAAUGGCCAUGUAUAUCUGAGAGGAAGUAUAAAAAAAUGGCUCGAUUUCGUGACACGAGACACUGCGUUUUGGAACGAUGCCAAGAAUAGCGAACCUAAAUGUAAAGUUUGUUCCAUUUUUUAAAACGGUUCCGUCACAUCGAAUAUACAAUGUUGCUUCUAAAAUGGUAAGGUUUGUCAUCUGAUUUGCACGCGUCACAAAUAUAAAAUGUAUUCGUGUAAUUAGACUGUCACGUUUAUUCAAUUUUCGUAUAUAGCGCGUGCUAUAGGAAUAAUUUGCUGAUAAUUGCAAAGGGAAAAAUCUAAAUUAACAGACUAAGAUAAAUCUUAAACAAACAAAAUGAUAAAUUAAAUUAUAAAUGAAAAAUCAAACGGAUGAGAUUUACAUACAUACAGGCAUAUAAAAAAUUAAUUGAUUCGUAAAAAUAUGUAUUAGUUUCCCUCAAGAUUGUUCCUUGUAUCGUGUUUUCCACGUCAAUGGAAAUAAACGUAUGCUGUUAUUAUUAAUCAUAUUAUAUUAAUAAAAAUGUACGUUAUUGGUCAUUAUAUUACUUAAUGUCCAUGUGAGAUACAGAAUAAAAUUAAGUACGUGUUGGUUAAGCGAGUUACACCUUCGUUGUGCUGCACGCUAAUUAAAAUAAAUAUCGCGUUGGAAAAAUUACAUAAUGCGUUGUCUCUUACAUUAUGUUCUGCCAUAUUUGCGAAAUAUCAUGUUAUAUUAUGUUAAUAUUAUGAUAAUAU